UUGAGGAGAGAUUCUUGUAAACACCAAGUCUAGUCUCCCACUUGGAGUUGAGUUGAGUUUUAGGGAGUGAUCUUCACAAAAGCAAAACCAAAUAAACAAUACAAAUAUCUCCUUUCGAUCUCAUCGCUACCUCUCUCUUCCUCCCUUUUCAUUCCCCCAACGCCAAAUCUCAGCGAAUCUGAGAGAGGGCACAGAGCCACCACCGCUGAGAAUUAGAACCAGAAGAAGAAGAAGAUGGCGCCGCCAGCGCCCGUCGCAGCCGCCGCAGCCGCAGCAGAUGGGCAAGUCCAAGGCGGACGGCAGCAAGGAGGGAUUGGUCAGAGCAUCGGUGGAAUCAUACGGAUGGCUGUGAUCUGGUACUUCGCUUCCAAAUUCUUUUCCUCCUCCAAAAAGCCUUCUGAUCCUUCUCAGCUCAGCUCCAAUAUCUUCCCCAAGGGUGAACCACUGGAUAUGUGGUUCUAUAUUACUGAACAUGAGAAGUUCAAUGAAUUCGGGAGUGAAAGUGCGCUUGUAUGGCACGAAACUAAUAUCCCCUACGCUACCUAUGGGCCGGAGAGUACCAGGACUCUGUCUAUGAAGUACUAUCCAUCUGAGGCACUAAAGCACAAUGGGAGUCUCUAUGCUCAUGUUUUCUUUGCCCGCUCUGGUUACCCUGCGGACCCAAAUGAUCCAGAGUAUCUGCCUCUAGCUGCGUUUGGAAAGACGCAUGUCAUUGUGACACACUUGCCCAAGUCGAAAGCUGGUAAAAAGAGGAGUUUGCUGGGGGCCUCAAAAGACACUGAAGAGGAUGUAAAAAUUGCUGAGGUGGUUGAUGAUACUCAAGGUGAUUCUGAGGAUAAUGGUCCUGAGGAGUGGGUAUCAUACUUUAAACCAAAUGUUACUGUCAAUUUGGUUGAUGAUUUUACCCGAUAUCCUCAUAAUGCUGUUCCACCCAAUGUUGCUCCUUACUUGAAUGUGGAGCCUAAUUCUGGCAAUUACUUUCCAACCAUUUUCUUCAACGAAUUUUGGUUACUUCGAGAUAAGUUGAUACCAAUUAAUGAAACAGUGAAAGAAUUGCAGCUGAAUCUGGAAGUAGGUCCCAUAAGCAUGACUAAGUGGCAACUAUUCCUACAGAUUGAUCAGUCUUUCCAAAUUCACCGUAGUUAUGGAAGCAUGCUCGAGGGUGAGGCUGAUGAACUGAAGAGAGUAUUCUUGGAAGGAAAUCCUUACCUCCUGGCAAUCACUAUGGCUGUAUCUGUACUUCAUUCAGUGUUUGACUUCUUGGCAUUCAAAAACGAUAUUCAGUUUUGGAACAAAAAUAAGUCUAUGGAAGGGCUGUCUGCAAAGUCUGUUGUCGUGAGCUUCAUAAGCCAGUUCAUUAUCUUCCUCUAUCUACUUGACAAUGACACUUCAUGGAUGAUACUUGCAAGCUCUGGAGUUGGCUGCUGCAUUGAAUUUUGGAAAAUUGGGAAGGCCAUGCACAUAGAGAUUGAUAGAAGUGGGAAGAUACCAAUGUUGAGAUUCCGAGAUCGUGAGUCAUAUGCAGGGAAUAAGACAAAGGAAUAUGAUGAUAUCGCAAUGAAAUAUUUGACGUAUGUGCUCUUGUUCCUUGUCGCAUGCUCCUCUAUUUAUUCACUCAAGUACGAGCAGCACAAGAGCUGGUAUUCUUGGAUUCUCUCUUCAUUCACGAGCUGUGUCUACAUGUUCGGUUUUAUUAUGAUGUGCCCUCAAUUGUUCAUUAACUAUAAGCUGAAGUCGGUAGCUCAUCUACCCUGGAGACAGAUGACUUACAAGUUCCUCAACACCAUCAUCGAUGAUCUAUUUGCUUUUGUCAUAAAAAUGCCAAUGUUGCAUCGCCUUUCUGUGUUCCGUGAUGAUAUCAUAUUUCUGAUAUACAUAUACCAGAGAUGGGUCUAUCCAGUGGACAAGAAACGUGUAAAUGAAUUUGGUUUCAGUGGUGAAGCCGAUCAGGUCACCGAUCAGGUCAUUGAACAGGUCACUGAUGGUACAGACGACACUGAAGUUAAGCAAGAAGCGAAGAAAACCAAGUGAGCAGAUGUUUAAUAGAGAUAUUGCAGGACAUAAUGGAACUCACCCUUUUGCUUUACCUAUUUACAUUUAGGUCUAUGUUUUAGCAAGGAUUGGUUGUAGGCUAUGCCCCCUUGUCAGGAAGACUAGUCUGGCUGGCAGAGUAGUGAAUGUUGGGGGUGUUCUUCACCUGAUUUUGUUACUGUCUACAGUUUACGACUGGGUGAUUUUUGUUGGUCUGGUUGGAGGAAGUAAGUUAACUAGGUGGUUUCUUCUUUUCUUAUUCUGGUCAGAAACUAGGUGAUUUUUUCUGUAAUUUUUAUAAGUCCUUUUGAUAAUGCCACAAAUUUUGAUGAUGCCAGGCUUAUUUUGUAA